AUGGUGAACUUGGCCAGAUGCAUGAAGUUUUGGUGCAAUAUAAGAGAUGUAUCGCAUCCACCUAAGAACAACCUUGUCUCGGUGCAUAGCAAAAUCAAAUUGGAAGAAGGUGAGCAAACAUCAGUAAAAAGGAAUGGGGCUAUAGGGAAAGAGCAGGGGAUGGUUGAUGCAGUUCUCUACGCACUGAUUAAACCAGGAGGUGAUUUUACGUACACGUCAGCAAUUAUGGAUGGAUGUUUCAACACAUUUGCCAUACGAGCUGCAGAAAACCACGUUGUAUGA